AUGUCAAAACAUCAAAUAAUGAUUAGUGUCACUUUGGCAUGCUUGUUAUUGGUGACGACCGUUGCUUCUAAAGUAAUAACACCAUCAUCACGAUUAAUUUCUGUAACAACUCCUUCCGAUAGAGCAGCCAUUUCUGUAAAUAGUUUUAUUGACAAAUUCCUUGAUCCGAAAUCGAAUUAUUUAUUCGAUACUUUUACCAAUUCAUCAAAAACUGUUUCACCUUUAACAGGUUAUUGGACUUUCGCCCAAGGAUUUCACUCCAUUAUUGAUAAUGCCUUUAGAAUUUCACAACAAAAACAGAGUUUAUUGGAUAAACCAUUUUCCUAUUAUGUCCAAUUGAUUUCACAAUUAUACAGUGGACAAGAUAAGAUUGGAUGGGAUAGACCCUAUGUGGAUGACAUGAAUUGGAUGGGAAUUACAUUGUUUUGGGCUUUUAAAGUUACAGGAAAUCAAACUUAUUUGGAUAAAUGUCUGUAUCUGUAUCAGAUUAUUGAAGGAAAUUGGGACGAAACUUGUUGUGGAUCUGUAAAGGGAGGAAUUUGGUGGGAUUAUUCUCAUUCACAGAAGGCUACUGCUUCCAAUGCAGGUCCUGCAAUUUUAGCUUCACUUUUAUAUCAAGAAAUUGGAAAUCUAAAUUAUUUGAGUUUCUCAUUGAAAGUUUUCAAUUUUUGGAAUAAUUUAAUGGUAGAUAAAAAGACAAGUGCUGUAUGUGAUCAUAUUUCAGCAAAGGGAGAUAUUGAAUGCUCUUGGAGAUUUACCUACAAUGAAGGAUUAAUGAUUGGAGCUGCCACCAAUCUCUACAAAAUUACAAAUAAUCAAACCUAUCUCAAUAUUGCUUCUAAUAUUGCCAAUUUUAUGAUUAGCAAUGAAGUAACAUUCUCAAAGAUUGGAGGAACUGUUCUCUUCGAUGGUACCAAUUGUGUUGGAGAUUGUGUUCAAUUUAAGGGAAUUGCAUUCAGAUAUUUACAAUUUCUCUUCAAUAAUUUGAAUGAUAAUUAUCCAAUCAAAUCUAAAAUUCAACAAGUUUUGAAUUCUAGUGUGGAAAGUAUUUGGGAAUUGGCCAGAAAUCCUAACCUUGAAUUAUUUGGAGUCAAUUGGGCAGGUCCUUCUCCAUCCAAUACUUUACAAUAUUAUGAAGCUCAAGUGAAUAGUGUUGUAAUGACUCUUUCACUUGCUGUUUCACAACAAUUGAAAUAA